AUGUCCUGGUUCUCAACCCAACGAGCAGGACGCGAAGGAUGGAGCCUCGACAUCGUCUCCCUCCUCGCAGUCAUCGGCGAAGGCGCCAUGGAAUCCCACAUCCAGCCCAUGACCAGCUCCUGGACAUGCAUCCUCCCUCGCAUUAUGCCCGCGCCCCAAGCCCUCCUCAAAGCCAGCCGACCAACUCGAAUGCCCGAACUCCCCUGUGCUAUCGCGGGGAUCAUGAACGGCACAUCAGUAGGCACUUAAACUUCUUUCCGAAUAUCAUUCAUCCCCUUGAUGAACAGCCCGCACUCGGUUUCAAGGUCUACUCCAUCAAACAUAAAGAUGAAAGUCCCCCCGUCACAAGAAGGACAUCGCCAAAAGAGUCGAAGGAAGCCCUAAGCGAGGGGGAACUACCCGACGCAGUGGAAGCCCAAAGAGUCAAGAUAAAGAGAAGCGAGUCCACACUAAAACAAGUCCAACGAGCAAUAACCAACACCUUCUCCAAACCCCUCCCCCACAUCCCCACAAGAACCUUCUCCCCCCUCAACAUCCUCUCCAUCGCCUCGUGCCUCCUCACCAUCGGCCUGCUCAUCCUCGCAGCACUCAUCCGCGACGGCACCGCCUGCAUAGCACUAACCACCAUCUCCCUCUCCACCUCCACAAUCAGCUACGCCUCAUGGUGGACCCCCAUCCUCAAACGCCGCCCCUUCCACGGCUACGUCCCAGCAGGCGACGUCGCAAUCCGCACGCGCGAAGGCGCCAUCCUAAUAAUCCACUGCAACGAGAACAUCGCGCGGGAACUCUACACAGGGACCGAAGAAUGCCACUACGCCGUCUCAACAUCAACACACCGUCUCCUAGUCGGCACCGGCACCUUCCUCUUCAUGCUCUCCGUCGCGCUCCUGGGUAAUUGUGAUUUCCCCAUGCAAGCCGCGAUCGGGGGCUCGUACAUGCUCCUCAACGGCCUCUUCUGGCUCAUCUCCCUCGCGAACAAGAAGCGCUUCUGGGACCUGGGGAUCUACGUCGUGGAGGAGAGGACGCCGGGGGAUGCUCAGAAUGCGCAUGUGAGUACUGGGGGUGGGAAAGAGGGGGUCGCUUGUUUUACGCGGUCGAUGUGGUAUGCUAUCCGGGAGACGGGGCGGGUGGAUUGGGUGAGGAGGAUGGGCGCGGCGCCGGAUACGCCUGAGUGGGAUGCGUGGUUGAGGGAGGCGGAGGAGGAUGCGAAGAAGGGGAAUCGGGGGUGGGAAGCGGUAAGGAGACGGGGGGAGUUGUUCGAGGGUGUUUCUGCUAGGGAGCAGCAGGGUAGUCAUUCUCAUUCUAUGAAGUAAGUUUAUGCUUCGGCUGUUUUGACAGGUUUGUUGUUGUUGUGGUACUAAUCUCAUUGUAGUUUCUCGAAGUUGUCUAGCCAUUUUCCGCAGUUCCAUAUGUGAGAGUCUUAUUUAGCUUUGCGAUUCUUAGGCUCGGAUAAAUUCAAGUUCAUAGUUAUGGAGUUGGUAGAAGUCAGAUGAUUAAGUAG